AACAAAUCAAACAAAAGCAAAGUAAAGGGAAAUGAUUUUGUCAGCAGCCUCGCCUAUGUCGGAAGAGUUAAAUUGACAACUUCAGAUUUGAAAAUUGUUUUCCCGAGUUUCGGGGUACUUGAACGCAACAGAAGCUCUCCUGAUCAACAAGGAAAAGGCAAGAAAUAAAACGAUACAUCGAAACAUUUCCAGUGAGGUGUUAUUCUCAACCAGGAAACCAAAGCAUCCAGUGCAGCGAUGGCGCAGACAGAGCUUGAUUUGAGAAGAAGAAAUAGCUUGGACAUCCGUCUAGAUUUUAGAUUAGUUCUUGUUGGAAAGACUGGAUCUGGGAAAAGCUCCAGUGGAAACACCAUCCUGGGGAGAGAUGCAUUCAGUGCAGCAGUUAGUCAGUCCUCAGUAACGAGGCAGUGCUGUAAGGCCAGUGGAGAGCUGUUUGACAGAAAUGUGACCAUCGUGGACACUCCUGGCCUCUUUGACACUUCAUUGCCAAAACACACCAUCAAAAGAGAGAUCUCCAAAUGCAUCAACAUGUCGGCCCCCGGGCCUCAUGCCAUCCUCCUGGUCAUAAAGGUGGGGCCGUUCACCAAUGAGGAGCAAGAUGCUGUAAAGCAGGUGGAAGAGAUCUUUGGGGAAGAUGCUUGGAAAUACACCAUGAUACUGUUUACACAAGAGGAUGAAACCAAAGUAGAUAUGGAGACACAGCUGCAGGAAGCUGGACCAGAGCUUGAGAAGAUUCUUAGAAAAGUCAACAACAGACAUUCAGUGUUGAACAACCGUAGAGCUGAUGAUCGGAGUCAAGUUCUGGAGCUGCUGGAGAAGGUGGAUAAGAUGGUGGCUGAGAAUGAAGGGAAGCAUUACUCCAACUACACCUUCCUGCAGGUGGUGGAGAUGCUGGAAAAGAGAGAAUUAGAGCUUAAAGUGUUUUAUGAGAAGGAACUGAAGGAAAAGGUCAAAGCUGUUGAGCAGAGGUACGAGCAGAUGCUGAAAUCUGCUCAGCUUGACCAAGCUGACUUAAAGAGGAGACUUCAGUCGGAAAUACAGGAAGUUAACAGAUUCUUUGAGGUUUUAAUACGACACAGACGUCAGGUUGUAGAACAGAGCGCACAGGAGGAUUCAAUGGAAGAGAUUUAUAAGUUUCAUAAGACCUUAAAGCUGUAGUUUAGUUAUUAAAGACUCAAAUCCUCUUAGAUUGAUGAUGAACAAAGUUGUUAGCCACUCAUUUACAUUAGCCGUGAUUUUGUUUGUUGGUAACUAUAUUUAAUUAAAACCAACUAUAGCAUGCUAGAGUUUACUUGAACCAUAUUUUAAAUCCUUUUUAAAUGCAAAUAACCCUUGUACAGACUCAUAUCAAGACUACAUAAAUUAAUUAAUACUACAGCUAAUUAUCAAGUAUUCAGCUCCAAUAUGGUUCUUUAUAAAGCUUCUUUUACAUGAAAAUAUGCAGAAUUCAAAGUAAACAGAAGUGUGGCUUCUUACUGCGUGUUAAACGUCUUGCAUGGAAGGAGAAGAUUGAUUUAAAAGAUAAAAACUAAACUGGAAACAUUCUAAUAAUAAUCGUUGUUUCGAUGUUUAUUUACAGCAGUUAAUAUUUAAAGAACAGAAAAAAAAACUGUCCAUUAGCAAUGGGGAUAGACCAAACAAUAGGAAAAAUAUAAUAAAGGUU